AUGCCCAAUCCACUCAAGAAAAAGCUUCAACUCAAGCGAUUAAAUUCUGCCAUACAAGCCAAAGCGAAAAUCAAAGCCAACACAUCUCUUUCCUCUGUUAAAAACCCUGCUGUUGCUGCUGCUGCUGGAGGUGGUGGUCGUCGUGAUGAUUGGGGCAGUUUUGAAAGAUCUCAGGCAAAGCUUGCACUGCGACAUGUGAGCUUGCAACCGGUAUUGAGUGCAGAGCAUUCAACACGGCCGUCGAAGGUGAAGGUUGUGCGGAUGUGGAAGUUACGGGAGGAAGCAAGAAGAAACAAGUCGAUUGAGAAGAGGAAGUCUUUUGAUAUCUGGCGAAAGCUGUUCGAGCUUUUUUCUUCCGCAGCUGCUGCCAUUACUGCUCCGUUUGUGCGACGCACGCGUCCACAUCCGUUCGCGCGGGCCUCGGUUCUCCAAACUCAUUCACCAUCGACUGUGAGAUCUAGAGUCAGGCGACGACGAGCCAGAGUAAGUUCCGCUCCCAAUUUAUAUUAUGGUUCUAUUGAGCAAUUGCAAAAGAUUCUGGGUCUCGAUGAAGAUGCUUCUCCGGAUCGGGAUGUUAUUUUCUUGGCUCUGGAUUUGGAAUGGGAGCGCAAGGGAAUCAGGCGGAAGAUUACGGAAAUUGGGAUCACGACCCUGAGGAUGAGUGAUAUUGUGGGUGUUGAGCCCGGGGCUUGGCUGAGGGGUUGGAAGGAGAAAAUGGAACAUGUCCACAUCGUCACCCACGCCUGCACUGAUGCCUCCUACGCAAUGUCCUCCUCUCUCUUCGCCAAAAACUCAUUAUACAUGACCCGCUCUGCUGCUUCGGCUUAUGUCCAAAACCUUGUGACCACCCUACUCUCCUCAACCACAACAACACCACCACCAACACCAAUGACCUCUCCCCGCAUAAUCGUAGUAGGCCAAUCGGUCUGGACCGACAUCGUAGCUCUCCGAUACGACCGCUCCUUCCGCCUCCACCUUCCCAACAUGCUGAAGCGCAAGACCUCCAGCUCCAGCUCGAGCGACAGUGAUCCCUCCUCCGCCACCACCACCACCAACACCCCAAACUCACCAUUCUACAUCUUCGACACCCACAAACUCGCUCUCUCCGCCAGUGCCUCCGGCGGCCAAUUCAUAGGAGGUCUCCGCCUCGCAUCCAUCGCGCUCAAUCUCGGAAUCGAAGCACAGUAUCGCACCCCGAGGACAGACACUAGACAAGCUUUGCAGGAUUUCGUGCACUAUGGAUCGGAUCCUCUCGUGGGCAUGGAUUUGAAGGGUUGUCAUAAUGCUAGUAAUGAUGCUGCGUAUGCUUUGAUGACUAUGUUGUUGCUUGGGUUGAGGUGGAGGGAGUUUGUGGGGAGUGAUGGGGUGAGGGCGGGGAAGGUUUGGGAGCAGACGGGGGGAUUGGUUGCUGAUGUGGGGGAUGGUGGCGGUGGUGGUGAUGCUGGUGCAGGAGGGACUUUUGGGGAAAAUGAGAAGAGUUCGAAGGAGAAGAAGCUAUUGUCGUGGAGAGAGUGGCUCGGGCAGACCUUGCGUGGUUGUUUUCGGGUGGAGAAAUGAGCAUGACCUGACUAACUCCAGACUCCUGAUCUGGUCUGCUCAAUCUUUGAUCUUCUACACGAUCAACCCGGCCGCUCGAAUCUCUCGGCACCUAUGAAGCAGCAGCCAUACACCACACCCGGACUCCUCGAAAAGCCUAAAUAUGAUCGCCAACCCAGCCGAAUGAAGCAGCAGCCAUACACCAGACCCGAACUCCUCUUCAAACCAGGCGAACUCGCAGUUUCUCACAUCUACCGUCUCUCUCUCCCUCCCUCGCCGCGCCACAUUAUAGACUAAGCAUAUCCAAAACAUCC